CCCCACAGCGCAGGCAACUCAGCGCUUUCGGCCGCUCUAGCCGCUCUUCUCGCUGCCCCGCUGGGACGCGGGCGCGCCGCGGGGGUCUCUCCAAGAUGGCGGCGCAGAGGAGGAACCUGCUGCAGAGUGAGCAGCAGCCAAGCUGGACGGACGACCUGCCGCUCUGCCACCUCUCUGGGGUUGGCUCGGCCUCCAACCGCAGCUACUCUGCUGAUGGCAAGGACAGCGAGAGCCACCCUCCAGAGGACAGCUGGCUCAAGUUCAGGAGUGAGAAUGGUUGUUUCCUCUAUGGAGUCUUCAAUGGCUACGAUGGCAAUCGGGUGACCAACUUUGUGGCUCAGCGGCUGUCCGCAGAGCUCCUGCUGGGCCAGCUCAAUGCCGAGCACACAGAGGCCGAUGUGCGGCGGGUGCUGCUGCAGGCUUUUGACGUGGUGGAGAGGAGUUUCCUGGAGUCCAUAGAUGAUGCCUUGGCCGAGAAGGCGAGCCUCCAGUCCCAGCUACCCGAGGGUGUCCCUCAGCAUCAGCUACCUCCACAGUAUCAGAAGAUCCUGGAGAGACUCAAGGUGCUGGAGAGGGAGAUCUCAGGAGGGGCCAUGGCCGUCGUGGCAGUCCUUCUCAACAGCAAGCUCUACGUUGCCAAUGUUGGUACAAACCGGGCACUUCUAUGCAAGUCUACAGUGGAUGGGCUGCAGGUCACCCAGCUGAACAUGGACCACACAACUGAGAAUGAGGAUGAGCUCUUCCGCCUGUCGCAGCUGGGUUUGGAUGCAGGAAAAAUCAAGCAAGUGGGGAUCAUCUGUGGGCAGGAGAGCACUAGGCGGAUUGGGGACUACAAGGUCAAAUACGGCUACACCGACAUUGACCUGCUCAGUGCUGCCAAGUCCAAACCAAUUAUUGCGGAGCCGGAAAUCCAUGGUGCUCAGCCUCUGGACGGGGUGACUGGCUUCCUGGUGCUGAUGUCCGAGGGGCUGUACAAGGCCCUGGAGGCCGCCCAUGGGCCAGGGCAGGCCAACCAGGAGAUCGCCGCAAUGAUUGACACUGAGUUUGCCAAGCAGACCUCCAUGGAUGCAGUGGCCCAGGCCGUGGUGGACCGGGUGAAGCGCAUCCAUAGUGACACCUUUGCCAGUGGUGGGGAGCGUGCCAAGUUCUGUGUACGGCAUGAGGACAUGACCCUGCUGGUGCGGAACUUCGGCUACCCACUGGGUGAAAUGAGCCAGUCCACGUCAAGUCCGGCCCCAGCUGCAGGGGGCCGUGUGUACCCCGUGUCCGUGCCCUACUCAGGCGCCCAGAGUACCAGCAAGACCAGUGUGACCCUCUCCCUCGUCAUGCCCUCCCAGGGCCAGAUGGUCAAUGGCGCCCACAGUGCUUCCACCCUGGACGAAGCCACCCCCACCCUCACCAACCAGAGCCCCACGCUGACCCUGCAGUCCACCAACACGCACACCCAGAGCAGCAGCUCCAGCUCCGAUGGGGGCCUCUUCCGCGCCCGGCCAGCGCACUCACUCCCACCUGGUGAGGAUGGCCGCGUCGAGCCCUACGUGGACUUCGCGGAGUUCUACCGCCUCUGGAGCGUGGACCACGGCGAGCAGAGUGUGAUGACUGCGCCAUAGCUGCGAGGAGGGAGUGCGGUGCGAGCAGGACCUCGUACAGGCCAGGCCCUGCACAGGCUCUGCCUGUGCCAUGGAACCAGUGGGCCUACUUGUCCGUGCCUGGGCAUGGCACAGGACAGGAGGCCCCUGUGGGCAGCCUGAAGUGGGACUCUGUCAUUCCUCAGAACAAGGGCCCACACUUGGAAGCCGGGCUGGCCUGCCAGCCACCACGCGUUCCUUCGUCACAUGCAGCAGAGUGGACGGGCCAUUCUGGGGACCCAAGUGGCACAGGCCCAACAGGCACUGCUCUCUCAAGGCCGCCCCCUCUCCGGAAAUGGCCUGUGGCUGCUGCCUUACCUCUGGAUGGCAGUUUCCCUUCCAGCCUCUCUGCCCCAGGAUCCUGGCAUCACAGGAGAACCCAGGUGGGACCUUUCCCAGUCCCUGGUUCAGUCACGAUGUCCAGGAGGCCGGGGAACAGGUGGGUCCCUGAGAUGGCCACAGGGUAGCAGGUCAGGUAGAAAGGACAAGACAGAACGACCUGAGAAGCACGCGUGACUGGUGUGCCACAGGCUGCUUGGGCCGGGGAGUGGGAGGCACAGGCCUGCUGGUGCCAGGAAGCCACCAUGGGAGCGUCACAGUGUACACUUUGCACCCGGUGUGGGCCUGUCCCGGCUCCGGGUGGCAGCGCUGGUGAGUUAGGGUGCUCAGCUGCAAAAGCGUAGGGGUUCCUGGAGCACAGCUGCCCUGGAAGGCUGUGGACUUUCGGCAUACACAUCACGUUUACAAGCACAGAGGUGAGGAUUGGGCUGGCCUGCCCUGAGUGGACCAUGUCUCACAUCCUCUGCCUUCAGUGGGGGGGGCGCCGUCAGGGCCGCUGACAGUUUUGCUGCUCCCAUUUUCAGAGAAGGAAGCAAGCCCAGGAAACUUGCUCCUUGCCCACGUCUUGCCGUGUUAGCAAGAUGCUCAAGAUGGAGCUCAGCCUGUUGCCUUCUCAUCAGUACUGGUGCCCGCUAGAUUCUGGCACUCCCACCCUAGCCACCCUGACCCAGUGUGCCCACCUACAGUGCACUGGGGCUCUCUGCAGCGUCAAAGGCUCCGCUCACCCGAGUCCCAGAGUCCACUGCCCUGCUGUGGAGCCGGGCCUGGUGUGGUGAAGUCAGCACGAGCGAUGAGAAGGCAGAUGCUGCCAGCGGCCCCAUUGCCCUCCACUGUGAAGCCACCUUGUCCUGCCGCAGAGGCUCGGGAGUGGGGCUCUGUCCCAGGAAUGGCUCUGAUGCUGUUUGGCCUCUACAAUAGAAUCAUGUUUUUCAUGCAGUCAA